AGGGGAGGAUCGGCUCCGCUGAGUGUGGAGGAAGCGCGCGCUCCACCAGUAGAGCCGUUCAUUGACGCUGUGUGAUUGUGAGCCCGCCCUAUCCCCACAGCUCCGGUGCUCUGCUUUUUACUUUAAUUUCUAAGUGUGUUUAUUUUGCCGUGGAUCUGCUCGUGCUCGGCUGCCGCUCCCAGUCAAUCAAUGUCUCUGCACUUGCAUUUUCGUCUGUAUUUUUGUUCGUUUUGUUUGUGUCUCGGAUGCGUCGCGUGGAGCGAAGGAGCCCGUGCAGGUGAGGGAUCGCUGUCACAUCAGACACACACUCUUGACUUUAUAAAGGAAUAUGAAGUCACUCAUCCUCUGUGGCAGCAUCCAGUGAGACGCAGGAGGUCGGCUGGCUAUCACAAGCACCCCACAGAGGCAGAGGUGAAGAUAACGGCAGAGGGGAAAGAGCUAGUCCUCCAGCUGCAGAAGAAUGAGCACCUCUUUGCUCCCGGAUACAAGGAGACGUGGUACAGCCCUGGCGGUGUGGAGCACACCUCAUCCCCACCUGACACAGAGAACUGCUUUUAUCACGGUGUAGUUGCAGGGGAGGAGAUGUCCAGUGUAGCUGUCAACAACUGCAGCGGUUUGAGGGGGAUGAUCACCCUCAGCGACACUGUGACAUAUCUCAUUGAGCCACUGCCCAGCUGGUCGGGGACCGUGGAGAGGGGGCAUGCGGUGUACCGUGCUGAGCACUUGAAACUGCAGAAAGGCACAUGUGGGCAUCAACAUGGCAGUGAAACUGACAAGCUGGACAACCUCAUUAGUGGGAUGGCACAGCCGCACAAGGCUAGCAGGGGAAAAAGGGACAUUAGCCAGAAUAUGAAAUAUGUGGAACUCUUGGUGGUCGCCGAUUAUGCAGAGUACGAGAAGAAUAAGAAAGAUUACGAUAAGACGAGGAUGAAGCUGCUUGAGGCUGCAAACUAUGUGGACAAGUACUACAAGAGUCUGAACAUCCGUGUGGCCCUGAUUGGACUGGAGGUCUGGACAGAUGAGAACAAGAUCACAGUGUCAGAGAACCCUUACAGCACACUGGGAGCCUUCCUGGCCUGGCGAUUGAAGCGGCUGAUGAUCGCUCCCAAUGACAAUGCCCAGCUAGUCACGGGUGUCUCAUUCCAGGGUACCACCAUUGGAUUGGCCCCUCUCAGAGCCAUGUGCUCUGAGUACCAGUCAGGUGGGGUCAACUCGGAUCACUCCGACAGUGCUGUGGGAGUGGCGGCCACUAUGGCCCACGAGAUGGGACACAAUUUUGGGAUGAGCCACGACACUCAGGGGUGUUGUCUUGCCCGCCCAGAAGAUGGGGGCUGUAUCAUGGCUGCUGCCACAGGCCACCCCUUCCCCCACGUAUUCAACGCCUGCAACAGAAAGGAGCUGCAGCGCUACCUGAGCUCCGGUGGAGGGAAAUGCCUGUUUAACCUGCCCAACACCAAUGCCAUGUAUGGGGGCCGGCGCUGUGGCAAUGGUUACCUGGAGGAGGGCGAAGAGUGCGACUGCGGUGAAGUUGAGGAGUGCUCCAGUCCCUGCUGUAAUGCCAACAACUGCACUCUGAAACCUGGAGCUGAGUGCGCACAUGGCAUCUGCUGUGACAGCUGCAAGCUGAAGAGUGCGGGAGUCCUAUGCCGGCCCACUUCAGGCUCCUGUGACCUGCCCGAGUACUGUAACGGCAAAUCAGAGCUGUGUCCAGCCAACUUCUACCUCAUGGACGGGACGUCGUGCGCUGGCGGCCGGGCGUACUGCUACACGGGCAUGUGCCUGACUCUGGAGCAGCAGUGCCUUUCUCUCUGGGGUCAGGGUGCAAGCCCCGCUCCAGACCUUUGCUUCACGAAGGUGAAUGAGGCUGGAGACUCUUAUGGUAAUUGUGGCAAAGACCUGAUGGGCAAGUACAGGAGCUGCAAAGACAAGAAUGCUAAAUGUGGAAAGAUACAGUGCCUGAGUGUUGCCACCAAGCCCCUGGAGACCAAUGCCGUCUCCAUAGACACCACCGUCCGCCAGGGAGACCGUAACAUCCUCUGCAGGGGGACCCAUGUGUACCGGCCUGGCCAAGAGAAUGACAGCCAAGGGGACACGCUGGACCCGGGCCUAGUGAUGACUGGGACCAAAUGUGGGGAGAAUGCAAUUUGCUUUGGCGGACAGUGCCGAAAUGUUUCCUUCCUACAAGCGGACAUCUGCAGCUCCAAGUGUCACGGCCACGGGCUGUGCAACAACAACCACAAUUGUCACUGCAAUGAGGGCUGGGCUCCACCCUCCUGUGAGCACGAAGGGAUGGGCGGGAGCAUCGACAGCGGCCCAGUUAUCAGACAGAGCAAAUUCUUCCUCGCCAUGGUGCUUCUCCCCCUGCUGCUCUUCCUGGGGUUGGUUGCUGCCGCCCUGUGGUUUUACUUCAAGAACAGGCUGCGCACUCAGAAGGGCCCUGGUCCUCCACCAUCACCCAUUCAUUUCACUCCCACUGCUGGCAGAGCAGGCAGUCACGGUCACACCAACCCAACCUACCAACUGAAGGGACAGGACUGCGACGUGCAGGUUGGCCCACGGCAAAGCCCGGUCUGUCCGUCCAGGGCACGUCACGACAUCGUGAGGCCUACAGUGAAGCCGCCGCCUAUUCCGGCCUACACUGCUCAGCACCAAAUCACACACAAAAGCCCAUCAAACCAGCCUCCAGUUCCCCAGCUGUCACCCUGUGUCCCAGCAAAGCCACGGCCAGACCCUCCUAGCAGACCUCCACCCCUGUGUCCUCUCACCAAACCCAUCCCGGUGAUGCUGCAAAAAGGUAGCCCUCAAGUGAAAUCAACCAGAAAAAUCCAUUAAUACCCCCUACUGGACAGAGAGAGAAAACCAGGAUUCAUCACAGCAUAUUGAAAAGAUACAUAAAGGUGACGGCCAUCAUGUACUGUGGAGGGAAGGCACCCCUUCACAGAGAGAUAACUGUACUGAAGGAGAUUAGCGCAGUGCCCGGAUAUGACUCUUCUGCAAUGCCUUAUUGACUUGAAAUCUGAGAUCCUGAAUACUUGUACUUUUUAAGUAAUAUGGUAGGAAAAUGUUUGUCCUCUGCUGAUACAUAGUCUGGAAAGGUGAAUUCCAAAUUUAUCAAGGCUUUAGAAAAGGAAAAAAUACUGGUGUACAUAUAGUGUUUUUCAAUAAAGCAUGAGCUUUUAUGAAAUACUGUAUAUUAAGAAUGUAUUGUGAAAGGAAUGUGAAUGAAUUUCAAAGUGAUGCAUAUAUUAUGUUUGCUGUUGGAACUCUUGCGUUUUGAUUUAAAUAGGAGGGUAUGAGAGCCUAGAGCUCCUACGCAUGCAGUAUUGAACAUGCCUCUGUCAUAAGAAGGGCAGAGACAAUAUUCUCUACUGUUUACAAGCAAUAAUUACGGGCACUAGAAGGAAGUAGGUACAUCCAGCUGCAAUGUACCUUUCCACACUCUCCAGCCUUGAAUGUGCUGGAUUUCCCAGAGACUGGGGCCUGAGGUGCUAAACCUGCCUUUUCUGUGCAUUGCAUUUACAGACACUUUGUUGUUCUCAGUCACAUUUUCUGUUUGCUGGGCAUAGAUUAGUGUUUUCAUAAUUGCACGUAACAGAAGAAAUGAAAGUAAAGAUUAGUGAUAAAAUUUAAUUGAGGAACACAUAUGUUUUCAAUGUUAGACAACAGAAAUUCUCAAAAGUACAGAAAACAGUGCCAGGUGAUCUGAUGGGUGGAAAAAAAACAUCAUACCAAGCAUCCCUUCAGACCAAAGCAAGACAUUGUGCCAAAUAAGAGAAAAGCAAGGACAGGCACUGGUUUUUGGUUAUGCACUUGUGUAAAUUCUAAACAAAUUAUGUGAUGUCUGUACAAGUUGUUAGGAAAGGUUUUAGUUUUUUUUGUGUUUUUUCAAGGAGUUUCAGUCAGCGUGCACUCUAAAUGUAAGGUGGGAACAGUGAAUACAAUUAGCUUUCCAGCAGAAUCUCUGGGUGUCGUAUGACAGAUAGAAAGAGGUUCAUCAACAGAAGUAAUAAAAAAAAAAAUCUGUAAAUAUCAGAGCUCUUAUUCAGCAAGUAUACAAAGGUUUUCAUUUUAAACUUAGUACAAUUUCAUGAAGUCAUUCCAGAUGAAGUCCUCAUACAAACCAGACCCUUUGAUUAGUUCAUUUUUUAUUCAUACAUUUACAUAGUUUUUUUUAAAGACAAAGCACCUCAUACAGGCUUUAUGUAUAUCUGUAUAUCAUUACUUGUCCCAAAUAAUGAGUAUAAUUUUA